GUUGUUAGAAAUUGUUGAAAUAGAAACUGACACUACGGAUGCUCCAACACAAACUGAACUGGACCAUUUUUUUGAUGGUAAAAUUCAAACAGAACAUUUGAUUAAUGACGAAUUGGAACGCUAUGAGAAA